GCCUGGUUUUCCACCAAUAUUUAUACCCCGGCACCAUCGCUGGUUGGGCCAUACCUCUUCCCACUCACUUCCUCUUCUGGUCUUUUCCAUCUUCUGUAACCAUCCUUCACUCACUUCCAGAGAAGACCAACACCAGAAGCAAUGGAAAGGCUCAACUCCAAGCUUUACCUGCAGAACUGGUACAUAAUAAAAGAGAACGAAAGGCUCCGGAAGAAAGCGCAGAUCCUCAACCAGGAGAAUCAGGCCCUGCUAUCUGAGCUGAAGCAGAAGCUCUCCAAAUCUAGUCCCAGUUCCCCCACCAAUGGCAUCCCUGAUCUCAACGUCAACCCGACCACCAACACCACUCCUAAUACUAGCGAGCCCUGAUCUCCCAUCAAUGACCUGCAAGGCUUUUUGAAUCUUCUUGUGUUGUAAUCUGUGCUUACUACCUGUAUCGUUUUAGCUUGCAGGGUACUAACAUCAUAUAAAACUUUUCUCCAUCUUGUCUAGCAAUGAAGCUCCUGUGCUGAAUGCUUAA